AGGAAAUUGUCAGAAAAUUUUGAGAACACAGUUUUAAAUUUUUGAUACUGAAAUUGAACCCUGUUAUAUUCAAAUCUAUUCAUCAAACAACAGCAAACUAGCAAUGUCAACAUCACAAUUGGUACUCAUAGAGGAGGAAAUCAGUGGUAUCAACAGUUUAUUGAAUUCUGUUCCUUUUUCUCCUGUUGUUGACGAAGAUAAUCAAGAAUUCUUUUUAGGUAUCUAUAGAUUAAGUUAUGAUCAAUUAAUUGAAUUAAACAAUUUAACCUUCCCAAUCGAUUCUAAUAAGUUAUUGAAGUUGGGUAUAUCAUUAGGGAAUUUAUUAAAGACUUUACAAAGCGAUGAAGAGCAAGAACAACAAGCACAAUUAUAUCAACAACAACAACAACAGCGAGAACAAGAACAACAACAACAACAACAACAACAACAAGAACAACAACAUCUGUUUCAGGAAGUAGAUGAAUCAUACGAGUUUGAUGGAAGCACUACACCCACCCGUAAUUCAUUCAUGGGAAGUAUUAGGAAAGUCAGUAAACAAUUACCUCCUACUCCAACAUCCAAUAGUCAAAGUAGUCCAUUCUUAAGUGAUGUACCACCAACUCCACCUCCAAAACCUCAUAUUAUAAGUAGUCCAGUUUUAGAAAAUGGCGCCUUUUCUUCUCGUAAUGGCAGUAUAACUAAUACAACUACUGGGCAAUAUCCCAUGUAUCAAAUUAAAUUCAUUAAGAAUUUAUUAAAUAUCUUAAAGAAUUUUGAUGUGGGUAAUAUUAAUAAUAAUAAUGAGAAUUUAACAUCUCCUACUACCCCAACUACAUUACAAAGACUUGGAAGUAAGAAUUCAUCAUCAUCAAGUUUAUCAACUCAAACUACAUUACCAUCAAUCAAACCUGGAUCGAAUGUUAGUCCUAUUAAAUUAAAUUCUCGACAAUUAUUAAUUGAAAAAUUAGAAAUUAAUAUUAAUUUAGAUACAUUAUUUACAUAUAAGAUUAUAUUUAAAUUAUUAUUACAAAUUUUAAAUAUCAUUCAUGCUAAUAUUGUUAAAGUACGUCCAGCUUCAACUCCAUUAUUAGGAAAAGAAUCAUCAUCAUCAUUAUCACAUUCAUUUAAUAAUAGUCAUGAUGAAACAUCAUCAAUAUUUUCCAGUAAUUCAGAAACAGCACGAAUCCCAUCACAAAAUGGACAUACAACUCAUUAUUCUGGAGUUGGAGAUUAUAUCUCGGUAUUAAAUCAAUGUUUAUUAAGAAUUUCAAAUGGGAUAACUAAUCCAUUUAAACGAUUUAUAUUCAUGGAAUUAGUUGAAAAUAAUGUGCAACAAGAUUUUAAUCAAGUUUUAUCAAUCUUAGCUUGAAUGUAUGUAUGUGAAUUAUCUUAUUUUAUUAUUUAUACCUUU